AUGGGCUUCCUCUACAUCACAUGGGCUGUCCUCGCCAGCAACUAUGUCAACGUCCUGCUCGUCUUCGUGCCAGCCGGCAUCAUCCUUGGAGCUCUGGGCAUGAACCCUACUGCUGUGUUCGUCGUCAACUUCCUCGCCAUUGUCCCUCUUGCUGCUCUCUUGAGUUUCGCUACCGAAGAGCUCAGUGUCAAGCUGGGCCAGACCCUUGGUGGUCUCAUGAACGCGACUUUUGGUAACGCCGUUGAACUGAUCGUCUCGAUUGUCGCUCUUCAGAAGGGUGAGAUCCGUAUCGUCCAAGCCAGUAUGCUCGGCAGUAUCCUCUCAAACAUCCUCCUCGUGCUGGGCUGCUGUUUCCUCGCAGGUGGCUGGAACCACCACGAGCAGAGCUUCAACUCCACCGUUGCCUCGACCAUGUCCUCGCUCAUGGCUGUCGCAUCUGCCUCGUUGAUCAUCCCGGCCACUCUCUACGCUGCUCUAGCCAACUCCAAGGAGCACACCGAUGACAAUAUCCUGAUCCUCUCCCACGGAACUGCCAUCAUCAUGCUCAUUCUGUACUGUCUCUACUUGUUCUUCCAGCUCAAGACCCACGCCGAUCUGUUUGAUGAGGAGCAACAAGACGGAGAGGAGGACAAGGAGCCCGAAGUUCUGAAGCCCAUCCCCGCAGGUAUCGCACUUGUUCUCGUCACUCUCCUCGUCGCUGUCUGUGCCGAAUACCUGGUCGACUCGAUUGAUGCCAUUGUUCAAGAGGCGCACAUUUCAAAGACAUUCAUCGGUCUUAUUCUCUUGCCAAUUGUCGGAAACGCAGCAGAGCACGUCACGGCCUGCGUCGUUGCAUACAAGAACAAGAUGGACCUCGCCAUUGGAGUCGCCAUUGGAUCAUCGCUCCAGAUCGCUCUCUUCGUUACUCCUUUCCUUGUCAUUCUUGGGUGGGCCAUGGGACAACCCAUGACUCUCCAUUUCCAGAUGUUCGAGACGGUCGUCUUCUUCGUCAGUGUUCUCGUGGUCAACUACCUGAUUGCCGACGGCAAGAGCAACUACUUGGAAGGCGCCAUGUGUGUUGGUACUUACAUCAUUGUUGCCUUGGCCAUGUGGGUCUACCCUGACGAUGCUGGCGACCCGGUCUCUGGCCCUCCUAAGCUUUUCUAA